UCGUGCAAAGGACGUCUGCGCACUAAGACACUCGGAUCCAAGUUUGGAGCUUUUAGCUGCCAGUCCUGGCCCAUCAUGUAGGUGCAGCACAGCUUUCCUUCCCAUUGCAAUAGCGGGAGAAACCCCACUUUGCAAUCUGUUUUGCAAGGCGUGCAAUUGCAGCUCCUUCCUCUGCAAGGAAAUCUGCUGUGAGAAGUCAGAAAAACUCCAAUUGCAUGAAGAUUGAGCGCUUGCAGUUUGCAUCUUUGUUGCAAAACUAGCUACAGAAGGCAAAGUCUUUUGUGUUCCCCUCCCCCAUCAAAGCAGAGGGGAAAAUGUCUCAGAGAGGCAAAAAGAAAAAUCCAGGUUUGAAAAUCCCUAAAGAAGCAUUUGAACAACCACAGACAAGCUCCACGCCACCUAGAGAUUUGGAUUCCAAAGCUUGCAUUAAUAUUGGAGACAAGAACUUUGAAGUUAAAGCUGAUGACCUGGAGCCAAUAUCAGAAUUAGGACGUGGUGCAUAUGGGGUGGUAGAGAUGAUGCGACAUAUGCCCAGCGGGCAAAUAAUGGCAGUGAAGCGCAUCAGAGCAACCGUGAAUAGCCAGGAACAGAAGAGACUAUUGAUGGACUUGGACAUUUCUAUGAGAACCGUAGACUGUCAUUUCACUGUCACGUUCUAUGGUGCGCUAUUUCGAGAGGGGGAUGUGUGGAUUUGUAUGGAAUUGAUGGAUACCUCACUGGACAAAUUCUACAAGCAAGUGAUUGACAGGGGUUUAACAAUUCCUGAGGAUAUCCUAGGGAAAAUAGCUGUCUCUAUUGUAAAAGCAUUAGAACACCUACAUAGUAAACUCUCUGUAAUUCACCGAGAUGUCAAGCCUUCCAAUGUACUGAUAAAUACACAAGGACAGGUGAAAAUGUGUGACUUUGGAAUUAGUGGGUAUCUCGUUGAUUCUGUGGCUAAGACAAUGGAUGCUGGCUGCAAACCGUAUAUGGCACCUGAAAGAAUCAACCCAGAACUAAACCAAAAGGGAUACAGUGUAAAAUCUGAUAUUUGGAGUCUGGGGAUUACAAUGAUUGAAUUAGCAAUCUUGCGGUUUCCAUAUGAUUCCUGGGGGACGCCGUUCCAGCAGCUCAAACAGGUAGUGGAAGAACCGUCACCACAGCUCCCUGCAGACAAGUUUUCAGCUGAAUUUGUUGAUUUUACCUCACAGUGCUUGAAGAAAAAUUCCACAGAAAGACCUACAUAUCCUGAGCUAAUGCAACACACCUUCUUUACCUUUCAUGAAUCCAAAGAAACAGAUGUGGCUUCUUUUGUCAAACUCAUCCUGGAAAACUGAAAAAAAAGGACUUGUACAUUAUUUUAUUCUUUGAUGGACUGGUGGGAUUAAGGAGGAGGGGGUCAUGGUAGGACAGCCUUCAUUACAGGAAAGCCAGAGGAGAACUUAACUGGUGGCCAUUUUCCUUUUUUUUUUUGGUAAAAUCCUAAACUCCUUCCCUAGAAGGCUUUUUUAAAGGGUUCUUUGGUAUUCAUAGUGAUAUAGAAUGAACUGAUUAGUGAAAUGAAUUUUAAUAAGAUUGUCAACCAUAAACAAAAAAAUACACAAAACGACGAGUGAUUUAAAUGAUGAUAUUUUAGGGCUCUCUAACCAACCUCUUGACUAGCCAUACUUAAUUUUCUGUCAAAUCAGAUUUCUUUUGUUUAUGGUAAUAGGUGCUACGGUAGUUAUGAAGUUCGAUAUAGAGUUAUAUUUUGUCCUUUCUAUUAUUUUAAUAUUUAUGUUAAGCGCUUGAUUUUUAAUAGAAUUCUUGUUUUUGUUUUUAUGUGAGACAGUGGACAAUAAUGACAGCUAAAACAGUGAAGUUGCAGAAAAGAGUAUUUAUAGUACUUUGUAAGAAAAGGAAGAAGAGAAGGUAUGGUCCAUUUAUAUCAUGGAUGACUAAUUUACAUUGAAAUAAGAGUUUGGUUUGUAUGUUACACCAGCAAUGUAUGAGGAAGUCUACAUCAUUCCCUUGGAUAUAUCUGAAGAUUGUUUUGGCGAGAACAUCAACAGGAUGGAAAAAGAAAAAAAAGAAAACAAAAUGAUUUGUUGGAUGAGAUUAUUAUUCCAGUGGUUUGGUUUAAAACUGAAGUCUUUAUAAACAAUUAUACCCUUAAGAUUAAGAUUCUAUCUCAGUAUCAGGAUCUGUGGGAUUAACAGUGGGAGUGACUUAUUUAAAAGUUAGUGGAAAAAUCAAAAGCAGCUUUGAUCAUUGCUUAAAUAAUGAUAAUUCUUUAGAUCAUGGCCAACCAAGGAAAAAGUCCAUAUUGGUUUAGUAGAGAAUUUUGUGCUUUUCAAUGGGAAAAAAAAAGGCUUCACAAAGGAAAGUGGGACUAAGAAGGUAUAGAGAUGUGGGUUUCACAAGAGGGGAGGAGAAUCAAGAAACAAGCAAAAUUUUACUAGUUUUAGGUUGUUCUGAGAACACUGAGCUUGCUUUGGACUCUCAGGUGUCCCAUAGUGGUCUUUCUCACCUAUAUGAAUCUUUUUUUCCUUGCUUCUUCCUAAAGAAGAC